AUGAAAGCUAUUAACGACAAGCUGGAUAAUUUAGUACUGCUCAAAGAAACAGUUGAGAGCAUUGAGGACGCGGUGCAAUACUUGAGUGAGAAAUACGACGAAAUAAAAAAAAAUACGGAACAAAACGAGCGUGACGUCAAGGACCUUAAGCGCAGAUUUCAAAAGGUUGAGAUGCGGGACCAAGAAGUAGCUGAAGUGCAGGCAGAAGUAGAUAAUCUUGAGUGGAGGAGCCGUAGACUCAACCUAGAAUUCCAUGGAAUACAGGAAACGGAAGAUGAAAACUUGCUAGAAGCGAUCAAUGCAAUGGCAACUAAACACCAGUUCCCACCACUCGCAGAAAGUGAUGUGGUUGCCAUUCAUCGGCUUCCGCCCAGAAAAGAUAAGACGCCGGUCGUUAUCUGUCGUUUUGCGAAGCAAGCGGACCGAGAUUUCUGGUGGAAAAACAGAAAGAAACUGAGCAGCCUAAAUGAGCACUUCUUCUCGACGGAAAACCUGACCAAAAGAGCGCGUGCGCUGUUGUUUGAGACAAAGAACUGGGCUAAAGAAGCGAACUUCAAGUAUGCAUGGCACUCAAACGGGAAAGUUCUAGUGCGUAAAGCUGAUGGGGAGAAAGCCAUACGCAUCGCAAAUGCUAGUGAUCUAAACAAACUAAGCUAA